AUGGCAGAUCUCAACCUGUCCCGCCACACAGCUUCAAGCGACCAACAGCAGCAACUUCAUGGUGCCGUCCGACCUGCCUCGCCCACUCAAGACCGCCAACCUGAUGACAUUCAGCGACCUCGCCUGGAGCAACCAGAGAAUGAGCGACGAGUCUUGCUCGCUCCGAUCCAACGACUGGAGACAACUCUGGCAGCCGACCGAACUGCACAACAGGAGCUGCAAACCCGGGAUGCUGCAGCCGUCCGUGACGCUGGAGAUGCCGAGACAGCAACACGACGCCAGCAACAAGCGCUGCAACUUCAGAUUGGAAUCAACACGACCGCUGAUCUCGAAGCAACUCGCCAACGGCUGUUCGCCCUGACCCCAGCCCCAGCCCCGAGUCAAUUGCCCGAUCACAACUUGCUUGUCAGAUUUUGGCAAGCUCUUCACGCCGGUCAAGUGACCCAGCAGGUGGUGCGACUGAAUUUCGAUACGAACCAGAUGGUCGAGGUGGAUCCUGCCGCCAGACAGCCGCUUCAGAUGGAUCGUGUUCCGAGCCGGGUCGCCAACUUGGUCGACAUCCACCUCUUGACUCUGCCUGAGGGCGUGUUCUGGCUUGGACGGCCUGAAUUGGGAUCAGACCUCAUGGUUCGCGACUGCUACUCUGGGUUGUUCGACCAGAUCACGGCGCCGAAGUUUGCAACGCAGCUUCGUUGGGUUGUCACCGGCAAUCCUGCCAUCGGCAAGACGUUCUUCUCGGGCUACUUUAUCUAUCGUCUGCUUCAGCAAAAUCCCCAGCUGACUGUGGUUUACGAGCCGGCAGAGAUGCCAGCCAAGAACAGAUACCUCCUUCAAAAUGACGGAACAGUCCUUAGUGGAGUUUACUCUCCAAACGACAACUUUGUGGAUGAGUGUUUUCGGAAUCGUCGCGACGAUGUCUGGUUCAUUGCAGACGGACACACACCAACAUUUUAUGGCAACGCGCGCACCCUGCUCGUCACCUCUCCCUGCAGCAAUUUUGACAAGAAACUGUUAAAGGAAUAUGCUUCCAAACUUUACAUGCCUGUGUGGUCCUGGAACGAGCUGUCGUGCUGCUUGCGGCACUCUCUUCGUCGAGAAAAUGCGGACAGUGCUCGAAUCCUAUCCGCAAUGCAUUCCGCGAAUGAACGAUUCCGACAUUGGGGUGGGAUUGCCCGCGUAGUAUUGGGAGCGGUUUUCGGCUCGGACGAGAUCGAUUGGCUGAACGACCUUGAUCGUGCCAUCCGAUCCCUUUCGUUGCGGACUCUCUUGUCCCUAGGUCAGCCAGUGAAUGAACUGAUUGUCUUUGACCCCGUGCUGCACAUCGAGGUUCUUCCCGCACUGUGGCAUGACUCGGACGGCCGCGCGCAUCAGUCCUUCUUGCGAGGUCGCAUGAUCUUUGCGUCCGACUGGGUUCGAGACACAGUCUUGAACAACUUUGUGCAAUGGCAGCGUGACGAUCUUGUGCGGUUUCUCCGAAGCUCGCAUGGGCUGAAUGAUUCCGCCUCCUAUACGGCUGUGCAGUUGAAAAGUGAGCUCAUUCGGGUCCUCAACAAGGAGUCAGCUUCCCAGUUCUGUCCAACGAUCGGGCACCUGAAUUCACUCUGA